AUUCAUCUUCACUCCAUCAUUUUCCAUAGUUAUCAGGCAGAAUAACAUUUUUCACUUGAUAAAAAAGAAAACACUUUCAAGUAAGAAUUGUGUUUUCCAAGGGAAGAAGAUGGCAGAAACUUCACAUGCCGGUGAGAUAAAAGAAGGCCAUGGCGAUAUAGAGAAUCAGCUGGAUACAACUCAAAUGAUCUACAAGGUCCCAACUCAUGUGAAAAACAAAAACUUAACUGCAUACGAGCCAAAGGUAGUGUCGAUGGGUCCUUAUCACUACGGCAAACCUCAAUGCAAGUUCAUGGAAAAGCAAAAACAAAGAGCUUUCGACAAUUUCUCCAUUAGAUCUGGAGUGACCCUCCAAGGCUAUAUUGAACAAAUGAGGAAAGUAGUGAAAAAACUGAAGAGGUCCUAUGCUGAUCUGGACCAUGAUAAAUGGAAAGAUGAUGAGAAGUUUAGUAAGCUCAUGAUUCUUGAUGGAUGCUUCUUCAUCGAAUUCUGGUCUGGUGCUGCCAAGGCAUUUAAUAAAGAUUACCCCGAUAAUGAUCCCGUUUUCAGCCAUCGUGGAAAUGCAAUAAACGAUAAUGCUGUGAGGGAAGACUUGCUCAUGGUUGAGAAUCAAUUACCUUACCUGGCUAUUCAGAUGGUGUGGUUGACUGGUCCAGAGGGAAGACUACAAAAGCGGGACGCGGGUGCUAUCUCCCAAUGGAUUGCCUCUGACAUCAAGGAGCAGGAUGCAGGCUUUCAUAUGCUCGACACAUAUAUGGAAGAAUUAAUGCAAAUAGAUAAGAGAAGCAUAUAUGAUAAAGAGCCGGGGAAAUUUUGUGCUUCAGAGCUUUACCAGUUUAAUGUGUAUUUCAAAAAAGCUGGAAGCUAUAACAGACUGCAGUUCGAUAAUAAUACUGGAAUCCUUACCCUUCCCAUCAUCACCAUCAACGAACACACUGUAUCUACUUAUCUCAAUAUGGCUGCACGGGCUUCUACACGUGAAUCGCCGACAGCCGCAGUAUUUAUCAUCUAUACUCGACUCAUGGGAACUCUGGUACAGUCGACUAAGGAUGUUAGAUUGCUUCAAUCCCACGGGAUCAUAAUUAAUCAAUUCAGUAACCGUGAUGCUGUUCUGGAGGUGAUACAGGAAAUGGCCAAGGGCACAGUUAGUUCAGAUAAUGUGAUCGUGAGGAGUAAUGGAUUAUCUUACAUAUCGAUCAUAGAGGACCUAGACAAGUUUUGCAAAUUGAGGAGGUGGAGGAAAACCUUGUAUGUUUGGUUUUCUAACCUCACAGAGACUCACUUUAAAACUCCAUGGUCUGGACUCUCUUUGAUAGCGGCAAUUACUCUCUUGGUACUCACUAUUAUUCAGACUGUUUAUGCAAUCCUCUCAUUUAUCAAACCAGACACACAAGGAAACGGCCAAGGGCGCGGUUAGUUCAGAUAAUGUGAUUGCGAGGAGUAAUAUGGAUUGCAGGCUUGCAGCAAUCACCGUCUUGGCGCUCACUGUUAUUUAUUCAGACUGUUUAUGACAUCCUCUCACUUAGCAAACACCAUUAAGGAAGGGUCUUGUGUACGUUUUAGGUGGUUCCACCAGGUAGUUGUUUAUUUUACGCAUUAGAGUGACUGUGUAUGGUGCUGUCAUGUUGACAAGUUUUCUGUUGUCCUAGUGUUUGGUUAAUCUUGUAACUUAGUGGCUUAUAUAUUUUUAUAAUUUGGAGAUUUACUCCUGCAA